AUGUUAAUCUUUAAUCUCCAUGUUAUCACUGCGGCGGCAGUAUUACACACAUCCCUGGCCGCUGCCCAAGAUCUGGAAGAAAAGGUGUGGGCAGUCGUUGCCUACAACCUUUAUGGAGAUAGUAUUCCAGCAGCCCUACCUCGUCCUAAAGCCUUGACGCCAUAUGGGGCGAAUCAGUUGUAUGCGGCAGGGUCUGUUUUCCGGGACCGUUAUGUUGCAAUACAUGAAAGCAAUAACGCUUCAGUUACAAGGAUCCAAAACAUAUCGCCGUAUUUAAUGGAUGCUGAGGAGGUGGAUGUGCUUUCGACCACUGAUCCGUCAGUUGUUGCGUCUGCUCAGGCUUUCAUGCAAGGCCUUUACCCACCGCUCGAGAUGUCGUUCAACGCAACAUUCUCCGAUCCUUCAUUCCAACUUGCCAAUGGCUCAAUAGCCACUGCUCCUUUGGGUGGAUAUCAAUAUCCCCGAAUUAUCACUCUUGAUGCGGCGGACCCGCGAUCAAUCAAGCUGGACGGAGAUACAGGUUGCCUGCUGCACCAAGUUGCCGAUACCGAGUACGAAUACAGUCCAGAUGCUGAAGAGAUCAAGCAGGAUUCAGCAGCCUUUUAUAGCAGAAUUUACCCACUGUCUUUGUCGGGAGUAUUGGAUCCUUCUUCGGCCAAUUAUGCGAAUGCGGUUAUGAUCUCAGAAUACUUGGACUACGAGUCUGUGCACAAUGAAUCAUUAUUGCAUAACAUCAACCAGGAUGACAUAGACCGUGCUCGUUCUCUUGCGGACCGCUACGUUUUUGCAACGAAUGGUAAUAUGCCCUCGGCAGGGACAAAUGUCAGUGACCGUAUCCGCACUGUUGCUGGACGCACCUUAGCCUCAAGUAUUCUGGAUGCUUUUAACAACAACAUCGACUAUCGAGGUGCCAACGGGAAAAUGACACUCCUGUUUGGUAAUGACGAGCCUGCUGUCGCUCUUACAUCCCUUAUGCAGCUGGCGUCGCCAAAGCAUGGAAAUUUCUACGGACGUCUUACGCCCGGUGCAUCAAUGGUAUUUGAACUUUACAGUCUGGAGAAUAACUCCAGUCCAGCGUACCCCGAUCCGUCUCAGCUUUACAUCCGAUUUCUCCUACGAAACGGAACCCACUCGCCCGACUUCCGAUCCUAUCCACUCUUUGGACAUGGACCCAGCAAUAUAGCUAUUCCUUAUACAGAAUUUCAAGCAGAAAUGGAGAAGGUUUCGGUGGGAUCAACGAAAGAAUGGUGUCUUCUUUGCAACUCACAAGCUACGUUCUGCUCUGGCGUCUUUGAUGGGUAUGAGAAUCGACCAACUAGUGAUAAGGGCCUGAGUCCUGCAGUUGGUGGUGUCAUUGGGGCAGUUGUUACACUUGUAGCGAUUGCUCUCAUUUCAAUCCUCGGAUUUCUAGUGUGUGGUUUCCGCAUGAAUCGCACUCGGCGGUCAAGCCUCGGAGGCUUCAAAGGCAACCGCAAAAUGGCAAGUGAUUCUGAUGUCACAUUCAAGAAUCCCACUUGGGAGGAUAUCAAGCCAGCGGAUACCCAAGAGGCUAAUGGCAGCGGUGCUGGUAUCACUGUCGUGAGAGGGCAUGAGCGCACAGGCAGCUGGGAAAUGAAAAGUCAACAACAGAGUAAGAACAAUAAUGAGCAAGCCACAUCUCCGUUUAAUGUACCAGAGGAGGACGAAUGGCAGAUCCAUAGCGCUAUGCAACCAGUCGCAGCCCGUGAAAGUGUGUAG